CAUUUUGAAGCUCUUCGCUUUGCAAGUGUAUCUUAGAACAGUAAAUUCUUUUCAAACUUGCAGUAAUUAUUCUUUUCAUAAAUACAAAAUGAUUGAUCUAUUGAAACCGCUGCGCGAUUUGCUAAAAACAAAAACGGUCGACACAACCAACGUGGUUUGGCGUUUGCACAGUCGAGCGACCGUUUACAUAUUGGUGUUUUUCACGCUGCUGUUGUCCGCACGUACCUACUUCGGAGAACCGAUUGAUUGCAUCAGCAGUGCUCCUGAUAAUGUUAAAAAAAGCUUGAACACAUUCUGUUGGAUUCUGGGAACUUAUAUAAGCAAUGAUCCAAAAUUUGUUCGCGCAAGUUGGGAUUUCAUCGAAAUAGGUAAUCGGAUGGGAAGCAUCCCCAAGCAUGAGCGUGUUUAUCAGAAAUAUUACCAGUGGGUGUCAUUCAUACUGGCCAUUCAAGCUUUUAUGUUCUCUUUACCGAAGCAUCUUUGGAGAUUCACCGAGGCAUCCAGAAUGCAAACUUUAUGCGAAGGUUUAACAUCAAUUUUGGUACCUUCAAGCUGGGAUGUUGAGCGAAGGGACCGCACUUUACGUUACCUGUCACAUGAACCACUUCGAAAACACUUCAAUUAUGGGAUUACUUUUUUCCUGUGUGAGCUUCUGAACUUCCUAAUUGUUCUACUGAACAUGUUGCUUACGAGCUUCAUUUUUGGAGGCUUCUGGAAUAGCUACGCACCGGCCAUGCAAGCAUUAUUUUCUCUAGAUAUGGAUUCUUGGAUUUCGUACAAUUCACUGGUCUUUCCAAAGCUCGCAAAAUGCGAUUUUUUCACGGUCGGUCCAAGUGGAACUAAGCAGAACAUGGACGCACUUUGUCUCCUUCCCCAGAAUAUAGUGAACGAGAAAAUAUUUGCCUUUCUUUGGCUAUGGUUCGUAUGUCUAGCGUUCGUUUCCGGUAUCCAAGUAGUUUAUAGACUCGUUCAGUUAUCAUGUCAAAGUGUUCGCUUACAUUUACUCUAUUCCUUGCUCUCGCCGAUAAGCUAUCAUCGUGUAAAGCGAGUGGUUCGCGAGGCCAACGUUGGACGCUGGUUUUUAUUGUAUCAGAUGGCGCGGAACAUCAAUCGAGAUGUAAUGAAGGAUAUCAUUGCUGAGAUGGCGAAAGUUGGACAGGAGCAUUCUCAAUCACGACAAAACCUAGAGCAGCAACAAAUUCAUGAGAAUGAAGAGGAUAUUGAUGAUGACGACAUAACCGUUUAAGGUUUUGUUUUUCACCUCCGUUAUAAUUAGAUUAUUGAGUUGUUUUUGUUACGUUAUGAAUUGGUGGAGGUUUAUUUUAUUAUUUUGUAUCUACGCUGAUUGAAGGAGUGUAGUGAAUCAAAAGUGUAAAAAGAGAGAAAUAAAAGUUAAUUGAAUAUU